CCAUAUUUGUUUCUUGGAUUUUUACCAAUUAGCUCGGCAAGAGACAAAACCAUACAAGGAUACCGCGCUAGAGAUAGGGAUUUUACCUUCAGAAACUGUGAUGCUAAUCCAAACAGUUACAUAACUUUCUAUUUUAAUCUGAAUAGUAGCCAUCCGAGGUGAGUUGGUUAUUCAGAUAUGUACAAUGUGAAUUUUAUGACCGGUUGGAUGAGUCAUUCGUCAUUAAUAGAUAGCAGUUUACCAAUGGGCAGUGAAUUUUAUUUUGAUUUUGAGAUGCACAUGGGAGGUUGUGGUGGAUUUAUGACAUCAUAUUAUUUAUCCAAUAUCACAGUAGCUUUAGGAUUACCCUUUGAGCUUUUGAAAAAUUCUAAAGAACAUGAGGAAGAACUUAGAGACAUGAACAUGACAAAUACAGGGUCUGUACGAUAUACCACAUAUUCUGGGAAAAUAUCCAAAGACACGGCAAAUACAGGUAUGAUUAUCGGACUUACUGUUGGAUUGGUACUGUUAAUAUGUGGUGUAAUGACAGUCGUUAUCAUGGUUAAAUUCUGUAAAAGAUUGACAACUGGUAGUGCCGAUACAGCGACAAUAGUUAAUAACCAAGACCACGACCAUAACCAAAACCACGAGCACUCUAAUCAAGAAAUGAAUAACAUAAAUCAAGGGUUCCAGAAUGUUGCUAGUAUUCCGAACAGUCCUGUUGUAGCAAGUAAUGGAAACGUGGAUGAUGACCACUAUGCUUCAAUUCAUGAAAUGAACCUUGCAAAUUCAAGUUCGAAUAAUGAUCAACUAAAAUCAACGUGUUUUGUAUCCAAAUGAGUUGGAAAAUAAACAGAUACAAAUGAAAACCAUAAAAUUUGUACCGAAAUCGAAAUCGCGGGUAUGUAAUUUUAGAUGUGAAAAAAACAACAACUUUAUAGUCUUUGUUAUACUGUUCUUUAGAAAUUCAGAAAUGUGUAUCUUGAAUUAUAUCAGUUGAUGAAACAUUUAAUUAUUGCAUCAAAUAAGAUAAGACUGGAAAAUUGAUUACCUGAGUUUAAAAAAAGUAUUGCCUUUGAUGCAAAUCAAUGAAGAUGUUUUACUGGUUAUUGAAAUAACUUUCUUUGCGAGGAUUUCUUCCGUUGGAUAUUACAAUCCCGUAUUGCGUAUUAAGUCAUGCAAAAACAUUAACUUAGAUUUGUAAAUAAUUGUCUCCUAAUUUGUGGACAUGCUGAAAGAUUGUAUUGUCUAUGCAUGUUAGAUGUACAAGAAAGAAGCAUUUCAAAAACGUAAGUAUAUAUAUACGGCUGGUGUGACACCGACAUUAUUAAAACUACGCAAUAAAUAAAUUAAGGAUUAUAUCGAACAUUAUUGCGUAUCUGGUGCAGUAUGAUUGGUACUAUUAAUCUUAUUCACCUUCGUAUAAUCGAAAGUAAACCUAGUUUUUCGUACAAAAAAAUUUAAAAUGUCACCAAUACAGAUAUUUUGAAAAUAUCAUUACUGGAAUCCACGAUAUCCUCGUUUCAUGUGUGUUCUUUUCUGUUAUGACAUUAUUGUGUCAUAUUUUGAACAUUUAAAUACUUUGCGGAUGGCAACCUCUAAGAUUAUUGGGUCACUAGCAGCGGUACCGACCCAGAUGUAGUUAUGUACAUGUUUGAUUGAAGGCUGUGAUAAAUGAAACCAUUGUCAUCAUAAUCAUCAUUGUCAUCAUCACAUCAUUAACAUUAUCAUUUGAAUAAGACUACCAGUAUUCUUUGUAUUUCUAUAACAUCGAGUAUUUCGUUUUCAGACGAAUCUUAUCAUCAAGUUAUUAUUGUUAUUAUACAACUUAUACAUGUAAUAUUUAUAUAUGGAAAUAAAUAAAUCAUUG